UGCUUCAGUCAGCUACAAAAAAAUAUUAAAUUACCAUGAAGUAUCUGUCAAUUGCGUAUAUGCUGGGUCUCCUGGCAUUGGCUAGUGCUUCUCCUCUGCCAAAUGAUGUAAAUUUCAACGGCGAUUGCAAUGGAUGCAACAUUAAUAAUAUUGAUGUGAAUAAACUACUCCACGAAUUGCCAGCAAUAAUAUCAAAAUUUAGAACUCUUGAAUUCAGAAUUCAGUCAUGAAUUUAUCUUUUCAAAAUGA